AUGCUACCAUCCACUGCCACGUUCAAGUUCUUCCGACCAUGGGAGAGCCAACCGACACCUGAAUCACCACCAUCUUCUCCGUCAUCCUCAUCCGGAUCCGACGAGAGCUCGACAAAGCGCAAAUGCGAGCGAUGUACAUGUCCCAAUUGUCAGAAUAUGAAACACGGCGAUCGUGGGCCCGAGUUUGUGCACAUUUGCUCGUACGAGGAUUGCAAGAAAACCUACCGUAAGACGAGCCAUUUAAAGGCGCACAUGAGACGGCAUGCCGGAAUUCGACCGUUUGAAUGCGGGUGGCCAAAUUGCGGCAAAAAAUUCGAUCGAAGCGAUCAGCUGAUUCGACAUAAACGGACGCACACCAAAGAAAGUCGCUUCUCGUGCAGCAGUUGCUCUCGUUCGUUCACCCGUUCGGACCAUCUCCGACAACACGUGCACACCGUUCAUCAUUUUAUAAUUGUCGAUUAA